AUGUAUCCAUACUUACACAUUUCAACUAAAGUACCAACGGAUUUAAAACCACCCCAAUUAGCAAUUUCAACACAAACAAUAUACCGUCACCGGAAUUUUACAACAACAAUUACUUUAUCUACUUCUUGGAGAGAAUACCACCACCUUUCUUCUCAACAAAUAAUUAAGGCUUGUUUUGCAAUGACAUGUGUAAAAGAAACUGACAGAGAGAUAAUACCAUCAUGCUCAAUUUGUCAUCCUGAUCGGGCUUUAGUUGAAAUUGACCAUUAUGAUGAACUUGAAAUAGGACCUUCUACUCUAAAAGAUGGGUUAGAAAAAUACUCAUUUAAUUGUUGUAAGUCAUAUUGUUCUUCAUCAAGAAAUCAUCAACACUCAAGAAUAUGUCUAUGCCUUGACCUUCCUGGAGGUCCUUUUUAUUCAGCACCAUUUAUUCUUCAAGCUCGAGAUAAAAAAGAGUAUCAAAAAGAACUUGUUACUCUUGCUGUUGCUUCUGAUAAUAAGAAAUAUGUAUUAGAACAACUUCGUCUUUCUGUAGUAGAAUUUGGAGAGUGUUGUAUUAAAAAUGGAACGACAUAUGGUUAUUUAUUCUUUAAUUGUGAUAAAGAACGUGUGGGAGAAGCACAAAAUUUAAUCCAUUCAAUUCUAACUGGAGAAUUUGGUCAAAAGAAUAUAACGAGGUAUUACCUCAACUCAAGUCUUGACUCAGAAUAA